UCUGUUGCAGACGCCGGGGUGCCGCCUGUUCUCCCGCCUUCAUUUCCCAUCGUGCUGAGGCGGGUGGCAUGGCGGAGAAGGAUGACACCGGAGUUUGACGAAGAAGUGGUUUUUGAGAAUUCUCCACUUUACCAGUACUUACAGGAUCUGGGACACACAGACUUUGAAAUAUGUUCUCCUCUGUCACCAAAACCAGAAAAAAGCACAGUGACAGAGGGACAACAAAAGCUUCCUGCAAGAGCCCUGCCAAAGCAAGGCAUCCUGUUAAAAGUGGCUGAAACCAUCAAAAGUUGGAUUUUUUCUCAGUACAAUAAGAAAGAUGACUUACUUCACAAGUUGGUGGAGCCAUCCUCAUCCUUCAGUGAUACUAGGACUGUGGAUAUUGGAUUCCGACUCGACUCACUACAUACCAUCCUGCAACAGGAAGUCCUGUUACAAGAGGAUGUGGAACUGAUUGAGCUACUUGAUCCCAGUAUCCUGUCUGCAGGGCAACCUCAACAACAGGAAAAUGGACACCUUCCAACGCUUUGCUCCUUGGCAACCCCUAAUAUUUGGGAUGUCUCAGUGUUGUUUGCCUUCAUUAGUUUGCUCAUUAUGCUUCCCACUUGGUGGAUUGUAUCUUCCUGGCUGGUAUGGGGAAUGAUUCUAUUUAUUUUUCUGAUCAUAAGAGCUUUGAGAUUAUGGAGGACAGCCAAACUACAAGUAACUCUAAAAAAAUACCAUGUCCAUUUAGAAGAUACAGCAACAAAUAGCCGAGCUUUUACUAACCUUGUGAGAAAAGCUUUACGUCUCAUUCAAGAAACUGAAGUCAUUUCCCGAGGAUUUACACUUUUGCUUGACAGGGUCAGUGCUGCUUGCUCAUUUAAUAAAGCUGGACAGCAUCCCAGUCAGCAUCUCAUCGGUCUUCGGAAAGCUGUCUACAGAACUGUAAGAGCCAACUUUCAAGCAGCAAGGCUAGCUACCCUAUAUAUGCUGAAAAACUACCCCCUGAACUCUGAGAGUGACAAUGUAACCAACUACAUCUGUGUGGUGCCUUUUAAGGAGCUGGGCCUGGGACUUAGUGAAGAGCAGAUUUCAGAAGAGGAAGCCCAUAAUCUUACAGAUGGCUUUAGCCUGCCUGCUUUGAAGGUCUUGUUUCAACUCUGGGUGGCACAGAGUUCGGAGUUCUUCAGACGGUUAGCCCUACUACUUUCUACAACUAAUUCACCUCCCAGGCCCUUACUUACUCCAGCACUUUUGCCUCAUCGUAUUUUAUCUGAUGUGACUCAAGGUCUACCUCAUGCUCAUUCUGCCUGCUUGGAAGAGCUUAAGCGCAGCUAUGAGUUUUAUCGGUACUUUGAAACUCAGCACCAGUCAGUACCCCAACGUUUAUCCAAAACUCAACAGAAGUCAAGAGAACUAAAUAACGUUCACACAGCAGUACGCAGCUUGCAGCUCCAUCUCAAAGCAUUACUGAAUGAGGUAAUAAUUCUUGAAGAUGAACUUGAAAAACUUGUUUGUACUAAAGAAACACAAGAACUAGUAUCAGAAUCUUAUCAAAUCCUAGAACAGAAGUUAAAGUUGAUUCAGCCCCAUGUUCAGGCAAGCAACAAUUGCUGGGAAGAGGCCAUUUCUCAAGUGGACCGACUGCUACGAAGAAACACAGAUAGAAAAGGCAAGCCUGAAAUAGUAUGUGAAAAUCCACGUUGUACUGUGGUACCUUUGAUGCAGCCUACUCUACAUAUUGCAGACAAAGAUCCAAUCCCUGAGGAGCAGGAAUUAGAAGCUUAUGUAGAUGAUAUAGAUAUGGACAGUGAUUUCAGAAAGGAUGAUUUUUAUUACUUGUCUCAAGAAGACAGAGAGAGACAGAAGCGUGAGCAUGAAGAAUCCAAGAGGGUACUCCAAGAAUUAAAAUCUGUGCUGGGAUUUAAAGCAUCAGAGGCAGAAAGGCAGAAGUGGAAGCAACUUCUAUUUAGUGAUCACGCUGUGUUGAAAUCCUUGUCUCCUGUAGACCCAGUGGAACCCAUAAGUAAUUCAGAACCAUCAGUGGAUUCAGAUAUGGGGACAGUUGGUAAAAAUGAUACUGAAGAGGAAAAUAGUAAACCCUCCACAGCUGACAAUGAAAUAAGUAGUAGGACUGAGUAUUUAUGUGAAAACCCUCUAGAUGAUAAAAAUAAAGACAAUUCUGCAAAUGAAGUCUUCCUCCAAGGAGCUGAAGAAAGAGUGUGUUACCAAUGUGAGAGUGAAGAGGAAUCUCAGCAGUCAGAUGUAGGUAGCAUAUCCACUGCCCAUCCAACUCCCAGGGACUUAUUACAGCCCUCCAUUAAGCAGAGGCUGGCACGGCUCCAGCUGUCAUCGGAUUUUAACUUCACUGCUGGUCUUGCUGCAGAAGUGGCUGCUAGAUCUCUCUCCUUUACUACCAUGCAGGAACAGACUUUUGGUGAUGAGGAGGAAGAACAAAUAAUACAAGAAAAUAAAAAUGAGGUAGAAGAGAAGUAAGAACCAAGAUGCCCAUGAAGGAUUUUAAAUUGUUGCUUUUAUGCAGGUGUUUUAGCUUCAACACUAGAUAAUCCACUGGAAAGGGAAAAUGAGUGUUAAGUUUACUAUAUAUAGAGAUGUGAAUUUACAGCAAGAACCCUGGUUUGAACAACUGCUCUGAAAAUAGUAGCUAACCUGUAAAUGGCAAAUCUUUUAGGAAAAAAAGAGAAAGGUAAGGGCUCUUUUGAAUAAAUUGCUGUUUUAUUUGCAGCACAACUGAUCGAUCUUGGAAAUUCUUUAGGUACUUUUAAUAAGAAACAAAUUUAUCAUUUCUUGCCAGAAUUUGCUACCAUAAAAUGACUGGGAUAGUUCUGUUGCAAGAACAUUAAGAUUUAGUGUGGCUCCUUUUUACUAUAUUCUUGCAGUUAAUAACUGCAGCUAUUAUGUUAAUAACUUGUUGAUAUUUUAUUUUUGUUUAUACCAAUCUUAAAGAUGCAGGUUCUGAAUUAAAAAAAAUGGAAUUUAUAUAAUUAAUGUGUAUUGGGGUUUGGAACUAAAAAGUAGUGUCAAAAGUACUGGGAUUGUGACCUGUUUCUUACACUUCUUGUUCAUACCUGUAUUCCGCAGUUAACUUUAAGAUGUCCUAAUAAUCUUUAAAAGAAAAACAUUGUACUGUUUUAAAAAUUACCCUUUCAGUUAUUUUUUGUGUUUAUGUUCUGUUCUUGUUAUAUAUAAUCAGUAGGGAUGAUGUCAAACUGGGGUCCCUAUCGUCCAAGGCCCCAUUUCCAACUUUGCAGAAAGUUCUUUGUUUAGGUUUGCCUACAGAUAAUUGAGUGCCAUUAAUGCAAGCCGGUCCCUUAAGUUGCUGAUUCCCAGCCUGAGGGUAUACCCUUUCCACCUUAUUGAGUCUGCUUCCUGGAAAGCAUCCUUGUCUCCUUAGUACUUCAUUUAUAAACUACCUCUUAAAAGCGGUUGCUUUCCAAAUUAUCCAGUAUUAAAUCAUUGCAUUUUCAAAAUGUGACAUUUUCAGGAGUAUAUUGUUUCUUGAAACCAGUAGCUCUUAUGCGCUGACAUAGUUUAUAGACCUUAGUUUGGGGAAAGUAUAGGAAUAAUAAUUUAUGCUGCUGUCCUAGAGAGGAGAUUACACGAUGAAUAUAGAUUGUCUUUAGAGUUAAGAAACAUUCAGAUUCCUGUAAAUUUAGCACUUUGAGUUAGUAGAUUUAUAUAUACCAAGGGGAUUUUAAUUUUUUUUCCACCAACCUUAGGAAAUUUAUUUUUUAACAUGAGGAGAAACUUGGUUCUGCUUUAUAUGAAUAGUAGAGAUCCUUCGUACAGUAAGUGCUUCUGCCUAUUGCCAAAAGUUUCUGGGACUUAUCCAUAAUUAAGCUCUUAGGAUUAUCUUAGGGUAGGCCCAGUUUACUACUUAGAAAUAGUUAGCUAAAUUUCAAGAAAAAACAAAUCUUGUUUUGAGACUGACGAUUGUAUUCAUAAAUAAUAAUACUUUCUUUUUAAAUUACUUAGUUUGCCAAUUCCUUUUCUCCUUGAAUUUAGAAGCAGCAAUUACGGAAAAACUUAGUAAUCUUUCUCUUAAUCUGUAAACUUACACAGGAAGAAUUAGAGUUUAAUAACUUUUAAUUCUUUUAUUGUAUUUUUAUUAUAGCAGUUUGGUAAAAAUAUCUUCAAAAUAUUUUAUCAGUUUUAUUCAAUAGUCUCUGAGGUGAUUCUUUCUAAUUUUAAAAGACUGAUUUUAAUCAAGAAUUCCUAAGCCUCCAGUCUGAUUUGUUUUACUCACCAGUUAAAUUAAUUCCAUAAAAAUUCUACUUGUUGAAACCAUGAUAUAAGGAUCUUGGGCCUUAAAGCUUCUUUUUUGUGUAGUUUUCAAAAUUUCUUUCAUCUUUUAAAAUGUUUCUAAGAUAAAAUAUUACCUUCCCUGUGAAUAUUCCUAAUUUUCUUUUAUAAUAGUCAGUGUUUCUCAGGUUUUGUUUUGUUUUGUUUGGGGUUUUUUGUUUGUUUGUUUUUUUAUGGGGCAACUACCUUAGAAUAAAUUGGAGGUCUUACUUUUACAUUUCAAAUUUGGGGCCAUACUCCCAAUCAUUCUCAGUUGGUCAUUUGGGAAUGAGGCCUAGAUGACGUUUAUGCCCAGUAAAAUCUAAGAACCUCUGUCUAGGACUUUGUUUUUCUUACCAUGAAUACCUUAGGAAAUAAAAACUAAUAGGCCACUAUAAUAUAAGUAAGUACUCGUUUGUUACUUUUCUAAGAAUAUUUCACUUUGUAUUAUCAGACUUUUGACUAGUUUUAAUAGUUGCCAUCCUUCUUCCAAAAGAAGCCCUCUGUGAAAAAUAUUUUGUGAUGCAAUCCUUAUAAUUGUGCUUUCCAAGUUUUACAAUGAUAUUUUGAAAGGAUAGUUCUUAUGAGGAGUAAUAUCCUCACAGCUUUUAACAUGAACAUUUGCAUAGUUUAUUUUAUCAAGACAAACCUGGUACUUAAUGUAAGAAUUCACGAAAGAAGCUAUUUAGGGUACUCUUGAAGACAAGAUUUUUACCUUUUGCCUACAGUAAGGAAAGUCAUGGCAAUAAAUGACCUGGUAAUAGUUAUCAUGCCUAAAAUUCUUAUUUUUUUCAGCUUUCAUUAAAACCCUGCAUAUCUGGCAUACCUUGGGCCAAACUCUUGCUGGUGUUUGAUUUGUCGUCCUCUGCUUAUUUUUUAAGUUGUCUGAAUUAUCUGACUUCAUAAGUUAAGUCUUCUUUAAAAUUGUGCUUCAUUAAAAGUGUACGUUUUAAUAUAUUUAAUUAAGAACUGAUGUAUUGACUCAGGUUUGAUUUCUCAAGUUAUUAGACACAAAUCAGGAGAAACACAUUUAAGGCAAAUUACUAAGGAAAUUUAAGAAUAUGGGUUUAAGACUGUAAUACAAAAGGAUGUACUUGAGUUUAAAUCUCAGAUCCAUCAUUUAAAAGCUAUGCAUACAGCUGUCCUUAUCAUGUCUUGGGGAGUUUUUCCAACCCAAACCAAAUUCUCUGGAUUGCUAAGUGAUGUUGGUAAAUUCUGACUUCUCAAAAGUAAUUAAAAGAGAGGUGAAACUUUUGAGGCUAAAAAAAAACAAGAUCUGGUUAUAUUAGUAAUAUAAUUCAAAAAAUUAAAAACUCACUUUAAAAAAAUAAAUAGUAAUAUUCAAAUUCACAUAAUAAAGGUGGAGAAGCUUUUGAUGUUAAAGCAUAGAAAGAAUUAAGUUCUGAAACAAUUCACAAAAUUGUAAGCCAAUGGGGUCUUAAUUGGAAGGGAUCAUUUAACUCUUUUAUUUAUAUACUCUAAGUAAUAUAAAAUGCAAAAAUAUUUUAAUAAAUUAUUAGAAAUCAUGUAGGAAGAGUUCAACUGAUUUAGUUUAAUCAUAAUACAUUGUUUCCAUAUCCAGAGGAAACAAGAACUAAAUGCCUAAGACUGUGCUGUAGCUCAGCUGACUCAUUAUUUGAACUAAAGUAGACAGCAUGCCAUGAAUGAAAACCAGAUAAAGCAAAGAUUGAUUUAUUCUUCCACUUCUAUGGAUAAGAACAUGUCUGUGUAAUUCACACUUAUAUUAGAAAAGAAAGCUGCAAAUCUACUGGCAGAGAAAAAAUGGAAAAUAUACCCUAAGUACAGUAACAAUUUACCUGUGACCACUGACAGGUAACUAGCUUUGCAUGAGUUAAUUUUUCAUGUAACUGAGGCAAAUCCAUUUAAUCAUAACAUUUUUAUUUAAUAGUGAAUAGGAAAAUUUCUAGAAUGUACCAUAUUUUUUUUCUGGAAUAUUCAGGAUCUUAAUUUAACUUUGUCAUGUUUAAGAAUAUCAGUUCCUAUCACAGGGUGAUAAGUAGAAAUGCACCCGCAGGGGCUCCUGCAAUAGAUGAGGUUAUAGGUCCUUUUUCUCCAAGGUCCUGCAAUGCUGUGCUUUAGAGCCAUGUCUAGUUUUCACAGCUUCUCUAUCUUCCCUCAAAAUCAGUUGUCACUUUUUGUUUUGCUGCUGUCUUGGGUGCCUGCCUCUUGCACUAAGCCCUUAAUUUGCUGCUUCUAAUCUGCCAUGAUCUGAGAAGCCAGGUUGUCAACCUUGCUAGAAUUGUAAAGUAAGAGUAAGUAGACUGAGAGAAGGCUAAGGGGCUUUUCUGUCAGUUAAGUGCAUGGACUUUGUGGUACCUGUUUGGCUGCUUAGCAUACUUUUGUUUGCCUCUUCAUUACUUACUAAGAACUUGCUAAAAAUAGUUGGUUGAAUAUAUAUGAUUGCCAUAUAUUUAAAGUAUUAAUUCAGUUUUUAUAUGUUGAUGUUUCUAGGACUCGCCAUUAAUGAAUUCAGCUAUAAAAGAAAAUUCGACUAUUAUCUUUGUACAAAUCAUUGUGUAUAUUUUAGGAAAAUGUUAAUGUUUUGUUCUUGUUGAUUGUUCCUAGUAUAGGACACAGACUGAAAACUUAGAACAUUAUAAAUGUGACUCUAACUCUGUUUUACCAAGAUUUAUAUUCUAGAAGUAUAGGCUUGAGACUAAAUAUGCAUGGCUAAUUUAGUAAGAACUGGCUUAGUAUUUGGAGAAUGAUGCAUUCUAGAUAUCCCAGUUUUCUAUAGACCUUAACCCCUUUAAGCAUUAAAAGUUUUUGGAAUAAUUUCUGAAGGUAAUCCUUUUAAACCAGUAUGCAUUGCUGUCUUAUUAAACAAUAUAUGAAAAUCAUUUUAAUCUUUUUGAUGUCAGAAUGAUCAUUAUUAACAACAGUUAUUAUACUGUAAUAGUCUAACUAGGCCCUGAGAGCUAUAUGCCCUUUUACUAAAUGGCUCCAUUCUGCUGUGCUUUUUUCAUCUUGUCUUUGUUUUCUGUUAGUUCUGAUUUCUCCAGUUCCUGCAAUUUCUGCUUGCUUAAGUGUGCCUGUAGCAAUGGCCUUUCUCUACCUUCUUAAUGCUCCUUCAAGUCUGCUUUGGUUUUGGAAACCAGGUAACUAAGAUAGCUAGAGUAAUGUAUAAAGGAGGAGUACAUCGACUCAGUGAAGACCUAAAAAACUGAAUUGUACCUAAACAUGGAUUCCGUGGAUAUCUGUUCCUCACUACCUAUUUCAUUGCUAUCUUUAAAAUAAGUAAAGUUACUAAAUUUGAAACCGGCUCUCAAAAUAGAAGAGCUGUUUUUGUACAAGGGGAACCAUUUCAUUUCCAUACUUUACCUUCUUUAUAUUCUACUGUUUAAUUUUUUGACUCUGAUUAAAACCAGUCCACUCAAAUGAGCAUUUUCUAUAGUACUCUCUAAAUGAAUUGGAUGCCACAAUGCUGCUAAGAAUUUAUUUGGUUAGUUUGGUUUUGUUGUUAUUUUGGUUUUGUUUUUAGAGAGAUGCAUCUUCAUUUCUGAAACACAAAGUAGGUUGAGUCCUGGGAAAUAAGAAAACUUUCAUCACUGAUAUCCCAGAGAGAUGAGAAGUAAUAAGGUUUUUAGGCUCUAGGCAGUUUCACCCCAAGUAAAUUGUUCUUUGUGCAGAAUUUCUAAGAUGGUAUCUUUAUUUUCUUUCAAUGAAAUGUAUCUUAAAAGUUUGCCAAAAGUUAUCAGUGUUAGAUCUAGUGAUAUUGACAGGUAUUUGAAUGACUAAAUUCCCAGUGUCAUUCUUUUUUGCGUGUUUAAAUUAUCAUUUAAUAUGUUAAAUAAGCAUGAUGAUUUUUCUCUCUUGAAUGAAAAAUAAACAUGAAAUUUGCAUGUUAUAAUGUUUGCAAGUAAAAUUCAAAUCUGUCUAGAAAGGGAUAUCCUGGCUUUGAAUAACUUAAGUCAAAAGGCUGAUUAUGUUUUAGUCCAUAUGUUGAUUCAUCCACCCAUCAUAUGCAGGGUAAUUGGAAAAUCAGUCUGUGGCCAUGAGUCAUCACCUAACAUUAUUCAUAUGCUACUGGAAGGGACUUAUGAUAUAAUAUUCAUUUAAAAAUAGAUGAUCCAAACUUGUUUCUUGAGUUGAGACUGCCAUUACAGAACAGUCAUGAUGCCAAACCUUGGUUAGUGCUACGACUUGAGUAUGGUCACGAGAGGAAAGUGAUUCUACUCAGUGUAAUUGCUAUAAAUCAAAAAAAGGAUGAGUUGAUUCCAGGAUUCACAUAUACAUAUACAAAAGCAUAACAUGAAGGAGGAGUUGAUUUUAUGGAAAUCCUAAAAUGUGUGAUAAAUUAAAAUGCAUAUGGUAUUUUUUAAAUUCUGUACAUUUUAACCUCAGCAAUUAAGUUAAUUUCUUUCAUCUCUAUUUACUGAAAUUCACUCAUCACAUGGCAGUUCUUGAAAUAGGACAAUACUUAAGUUGUGUAUGCUUCUGACACACUGUUUUUCAAAGUGAGUAUAUUCUAUGAGUCAUUGUUGUAGAAAUAUUUCCCCAAUCUGUAUCUUAAGAGUUUCUCAAGAUAAGGGAUAAUUCUACUGUUUUGAACUUUACAUUUUUCACUUUUACAGCAUUUCGUAAAGGUUGGCUGUCUACAAAUGAGUUUAUUUCAUCUUUGAACAUCUUUUCUAAAACUGAAGCAUGUCUUUUGCAAGUUUAUUUUUUAGGAUAUACUAAGAAAUGCAAUAUCUUCUUUUCUCCCUCCCAAGUAAAUUUAAAAAUUAAUUCCAUUUUUAAGUCAAACUUAUUUUCUGCACAGUACUAGCACUUGGCAAUGUACAGAAAACUCCAGAAAUAUCAUUCCCUUUCCUUAAAGAUUGCUGUAUGGUCCUGAUACAGCCCUGGAGGUCCAUAUGGGUGAAAAGCCCAGAAGUCAGCCCAGCUGAAAGCACUCCCAAGGAGUUUGGUUUUGUUUGGGUUUGUUCUAGGUAUGGUCCCAGGGAUCCCAGAUCAAACCAGGCCCCUGGGCCUAUCCUAGAACCAACCUAAACUCGCGCAUCAUUCCUGGAACAUCAAGAGUGUGAAGACUGAAGAGAACCUGAGGCUGACUAGACAUCCUGCGUUCACCAAAACUCACUUUUCUUUGUAUGUGUGCCAACAGUUAGCAAAAAUUGGUUGGUUAAUCCUUCUAAAAUUAGAGGAAUAACAGUGGAUAGCAAGAUAAAGUCUACCAGACUUUGAUAUUAUAGUAAAAUUUAUCACAGUAGAAAUAUGAUAUGUAAUAUGGUUAUUAUUGCUGGUAGGAGAAUUGUUAUUGUAACUUACCAGAUCUUUAUCUCUAUUUUAUGAUUAGACAAUUUAGCCAUGAAAAAAAUUUCUCCCCCAAAUCCAUGGUUCUGUUUUUCUCACUUUCUUCAACAGUCUCAUUGAAUUGUGCGUAGUUUCUGAAAGGCAUUUGGUCUUUGCCCUGUAACUCCAAUGCUAAAUAAUUUUAAACGUUUGUUUCUGGAGACCAAUGCCUUUUUCUUAUAAUCUUCUUGAAUCCACUAUAUCACUUCGAGCUUGCUUUUUUAGGUUCAGGUCUGGGAAGAACCUAAGCAUCAUUUGUAGACAGCAAGUCCUUUGUCAGAUUUAUUGUAAGCUACAUUUCAGAAUCGGCUCUGGUUGAUGGAAACAGGCUAGAGUGGUAGAGUGGAAAUGGAUCAAUACUUCACAGAUUGCUAAAGUAUUUUGCAGAAUAAGGUUUUUUGGUAAAUUUAUUUUUGUACCCUGCUGCUCUGGGGUUUUAAAAGAUUCUGACCUACUUGAUUCAUCAUACGGUCUCACAUCAUAACUAUGACGUUGCUAAUUUAUUUAAUUUGAGGACAGGCUUUCUGAAGAGGCUUGAAAAGACCCCAAAUCCACAGGUUAUGCUAGACAAUGGAAAUGUAUACUUUGGUAAUACUGACAUUUAAUUGGAUUUAGACUAUGUUUGAAAUAAUUGCAGACAAUCAGACAAUUUCACUCCCAACUGUGAAAAGAGCCCCAAACUGUGCUAUUCCUUCAGGCCUUGUCACCAGAAAAAUUGCAUCAAUGAGUUAUCCUUUAAAAUAGGACUAUGAGGUUGAGGCCCAUUCUGAAGAAUUCAACCCUGGGAUUAAUACUCUGCUACAUUCAUCACAUAGAUGAUUCAUCCCAUCGAUUCUAUUAUUUUUGCCUUUUAAAACAUACUGUGUUUACCCUUCUCAAUAUUUUCCUGUUUGCAUAAAUCAAACACUAUACAUGUUAGUAUAUGUGUAUUUUGUGGAUAUAACAAUAGACUGGAUCGAGAGAUCUUUAGAUUUUGAUUCCUUUUAAUGUCAGAUGAUUUAAAUGCAUUUACUGUCUUGUAAAUUCACUCAAUUUAUGCCUCAAUUUGUCAGAUUCAUUUUUUUUCUAAUGAACUAUAUUGGAAUAAGAUAGGUGAGCCUUCUAUCAAUAUCUUCCAAAACUUAUGACAUUUUGCAUUCACUCAAGCAUGAAAAUGUUCUGACAUCAGCAGUCUUGUAUCUGUGUGGUAAUCUGUGAGCAUAGGUAACUAUUUCUUGACAUAGCCUGAAAUGUAUGAAUCCAUCUAUGUUUAUGUACAGUAAGUGUUCUCGGUAUUUGGAGAGCAUCUACAUUCUCUCAACAAAGUUCAGGCUUGUUUACAUAGUAAGUUUCUAAAGUCAGUCUUCAUUCUUAAUUUAAAACUGGGGUGUUAACCUGUAUUUUUUUAAAAUAUCCUUUAAGAAUAUUCUCUCAGCGGUAUUUUAAUUUUUACCUUUUGACUACUUAUAUUUUAUGUAGAACUGUACAUUUCCUACCCACCUGAAGAGUUGAGGUUAUAACCUUUCCCGUCAAUACUUUCUUUGAUCACUUGAUGUAUUUUAUCAUAUCAAAUUUCUAAAGGAUUUUUACAAGAACAAACAGGUUUGUAUAUGUCUGUAUUAUUGUUCCUCCUAAGCUUAACAAGUCUCUAAUAAAAUCUGUACUGCUUA